UAACCCUUUAAAUAUAUUAUUGAUUUUUUUUACAAGAAAAUUUUAUAUUAUUUUAUUUAGUAUUAUAAAAUUUUUUUGGUAAAAAAAUUAAAUUUUCUUUUUCUCUUUUUCAAAAUUAAAACAAUCAAAGUGCAGCAAUCAACGAGAAAUUCUAGACCGAGUAGAAGAAAAAGGUCAAAUAUGACGAAACUUUCACCGAAAGACGUCACUUUGGCCUUAAUUCUUUUCUCGCCUGUUUGUUUUUUGGCUACAGCUGCAAUACAACAGUUACAACUUGUUGAAGACUUUGUUCUUCCAAUUUUACAUUACUUUUUUUUACGAAAAGACGUACCGUUUGUUAUGAUUGGCGUUAUGUUUGUUUGGACGUAUGUAAUAACCGCAUCUUUAAGUGUAUUAGCACAAUCUGCUGGUUUAAAAGAUGGAUAUGAUAAUAAUGAACCGAGACUUUAUAAAUCAAUGUUAAAAGGUGCAUUAGGUAGAGUGGCAGCGGCACAUCAAGUUGCAUUAGAAAAUUCUCCUGUAUUUUUUACGGCAGUAGUUGUUGCAACAUUAAAUAAAGUACCAUCAACAUAUAGGACAAGUUUUUCCGUCAUAUAUACAAUUCUUCGAAUUUUUCAUACUAUAUUAUAUAUUCUUGAUUUUGAUUAUGCUCGUGCAAUUAUACAUAUCAUGGCAUUAUCAUGUAUUGGAUGGUUAUUUGCUUUCGCCCUUAUUCCUCAAUUUGAAAGUAAUUAUUCAACCGUGAUAGAAGUAGUUACUUUAUUAAGAAGUGUUUCCGAUGAAUCAGCAUGGAAUUUUGAGAAAUGACAUAAUUCAUCACCAUUAUGUAAUAAAUAAUAAUUUUUAUAUUUUAAGGUUUGUGUUAAAAUAUAUAAGAAAAUGGGACGAGUAACAAAGUUAGAAAACAGGUAAAUAAAUAAUCAACGAAGAAAGAACAUUGUAGAUCAAUUAUGAAGAAUACUUUUUUUUUUAUAACUAUUACUUAAUUUUUAAAAAAAGUGUUUAAGGGUUAUUUGAUUAUUUGAAAGAAAAAAAAAAUUACAAAAUUAUAAAAUUAUCAAAAUUAUCAAAAUUUUUAAAAUUAAAAAAUUAAAAAAAUCACAAAAAGUUAUCAAAAUAAUUAUUACA